AGCAUCGCUUCAUCGCGCUGUUACAUCCCAGCCUGCAUUUUACUUCCACGAUGGUUCUCACGGGAUGCUCACAGUGCAUUAAGUACACCCUGUUUCUUCUCAACUUCAUUUUUUGGUUGGCUGGUGGUGUUAUAUUAGGUAUAGCAGUAUGGCUACGUGCAGACACUCAGACAAGCAACCUGCUGAUGGUUCAGUUUGAAGGAAGCCAAGCUCCAGGAACCUUCUAUAUCAGUGUAUAUGUACUUAUAGCUGUUGGAGCUGUAAUGAUGUUUGUCGGAUUUGUUGGUUGUUAUGGCGCCAUUCAAGAGUCUCAGUGCCUCCUUGGAACAUUUUUCACGUGUUUAGUUAUAUUAUUCGCCUGUGAGGUGGCAGCAGGUAUAUGGGGUUUCAUCAACAAAGACACGAUCUCCACUGAACUCAUCAACUUUUAUGACACUGCCUAUAUGAAAGCUGUGGAUCCAGUAGAUAGCCCUACCAAACAGUCUGCCUCACAGGUUCUUCAAGCUUUUCAUGACACACUUGAGUGCUGUGGUAAAGGUGAUGAUAAUGAGUUAUUUCUGGCUGCCCAGGCAUCUCUUUGUCCGAAAAAGCCUGUGGACUUACUUGUUUCUCAGGAUUGCCAUUUAAAGCUGAAAGAUCUGUUCUCGGAGAGACUCCAUUUGAUUGGAAUGGUUGCACUUGUCAUAGCUGCUAUAAUGGUCUUUGAGAUGAUUUUUACCAUGGUCCUAUGCUGUGCAAUCCGUGCUGCUGUUCCAGCAUAAUAAGGGACACUUCUGCUCAAGUUGGUGACAGAAGAGGAAACUUAUCUUAAGUUUCACAAGCUUUAGACUGUGUUUUAUUUAACUAGUCAAAUCUAUUUUAUCCUAAAUAUGUGCAUUUUCUACAAAUGCUUUUUAUGCAAUGCUCUACACAUAACAUUGAACCUGAUAUUUUAGUAUCAAAUAUUUGGGCAUUCAAUAAAUGAUAAUGUCU